AUGGCGCCGCUGAACCAGGCUUCUUUGGAAGCCAUCCACCGACUCCGAAACUAUGUUCCUCCGCCGACAGAGUACGAGGGUGUCCCGGUGACCAGGCGGGCGGCAGUACUCUUGCUGCUGUAUGCCGAUUCUAAGGGAGACCUGAGAGUAGUGAUUACGAUCCGGGCCAAGACAUUGAGUUCCUGUACGUAUGAUAGCUUUCAAGUGCCUGUAUGCGGGAGAUGCGGCUUUACCUGGAGGUCCAACGGCGAAGUGGAGAAGCUAACACCAAAAUCCCAUGCAGGUCGAGCAGAUGCACUCUCGGAGACGCCGUUCCAGACCGCACGCCGCGAAGCAUGGGAAGAGAUUGGAUUGCCGGGAAUCGACCAACCCCUUCCCCAUCCCUUUACAGUCGAACACCUCUGCGAGUUCCCGGCAAAUCUUGCCAAAACCGAAAUAGUGGUGCGGCCCUGCGUGGCUCUACUGCACUCGUACGAUGCACAGACAGGACAGAAUGCAGACCCGGAGAUCUCGCUCAUUCCUAAGCUCGAUCCGAGGGAGGUGGCUGCAGUCUUUACGGCGCCGUUUUACAGUUUUUUGCGAUUGAGGGAUGGGGAAUCACCAUUGCCAUCCCAGAGGCUGGAUUAUUCAACCUCGCAAUUGAAUGAGCAUGAAAAUUCACAUACGCCAAUUACAACAGAUAAUUUCGGUGGUUCAGCUCGGGCUGAUCAGGGUUCGUUGGGCGCGGACGCUAAGGAUGAGGAUAAUCCGGGGGAAUGGUAUCGUGGAUCGUGGAGUUUGUGGCACAAUUCCAACUGGCGAAUGCAUCAAUUCUUUGUUCGUGCCAAUACCCGGGUCGUCAAGCCCAAGCCCCACAGCAAUAAGGAGGAGAAUGGCGAACUAGCGGCGGAUCCGGGUGGACAGGUCCAGCGCUAUCGCGUGUUUGGAAUGACAGCACGGAUGAUUGUGGAUGCCGCACGCGUGGCUUAUGAUCAAGAGCCCGAAUUCCAGCACAAUAGUCACUUUGGAGACGAGGCUAUGAUCGCCAAGUUAAGGCGACUGGGUCGUCUGAGUGAGGAGCGUAGACCCUCAGACCAAUUGACCCGUGAGACACUCGAGAGGGCAUCCAAAUUGAUUUAG